AUGAACUCACCUGCAGAGUAUUGUAUUGACUCAUCCGCCCUCAACUUUAACGAGUUUGCACUACUUAAUGAUGAUGGAUCAACACCAUCAUUAGGGGACAGAUGUCAUGACCUGCUUUUUGAAUAUUUACGAGAGCAUUUCGGGGUGGAAGACAUGUGGGUUAUGCAGCCAUUUAUAUUCCUUCGUUGCUCUGACCGACCGGAUCCCGCUCAACGCCCCUUUACCAUAUCGGGCUGCUUAGCCUUCUGGCUGGGAAUGGAUGACCCGCUGCCCACUCUCACUCCUGGCUAUUCUGGAGGGGAGACGGAAAUAAACAAGUUCGUUAACGUGAACCAAAACCUGGUUUAUGAUUUGAAACCGUAUAGGAUGCCAAAACCGGAAACGCUCCUUACGGUUCUCACACAACAUUUCCCGGGGGCGGCAGCCAUUUCCUUUAUCUUCAAUACCAUUGUGGUUGAAUUUGACGAGGUUGAUGAGGAUAUGUGGAGAGAGAAAAUAGGGUCCCUGCCGUGUUCCUUCGGAAAUCUCUCUUUGGAACUUACCUAUUCGAAUGGAUUGCUUGCCAAUACCGAGGGGAAACGACUUGUAGCCCCGAAGCCAGCAGAUCUGAAAACCUCUGUUUCAGACGACUCCGAUUAUAUUGCUGCUACGGGGUCCUUCAAUCCUGGAGCGAUGAUUUGUUCUGAUCAAGAGAAUGCCGUCUCGGCAGGGGUCUUGGUGGAGAAGGGUUCCGAGCAGAGGCUCACCGUUGCGUGUCACUACUGGGAUCGGGAGUUCGACGGACUGUGGGAUCGCCUGGGAGAUCCGAAUCAUUUCCGAGUGCUACAAGCUAACUCGAAGGUCGGUUAUGUGACGGAACGUAUCGAUGCAACCGACAUCGGACUUGCCAAGCUAGACGAUACCGUUACGUUUAGCAAUAGAUUCCUAGAUAUCGAAACAGCAGCCAAAGUCUAUCCCAUUCACCAGGGUUAA